AUGCCAACUCGCUCCAGCCUGACAAAGCUCACACUAUGUCGGCAAUGCGGCCGUAGCAUCUGUCCCGUUUCAAACACAAGAUUCUUCCACCCUUCCCGCGCAUCGCAAAUUUCCGCGCAAACCUCAAAGGACCAGGAGAGUCGGCAAGAUGGGAAGCGGGGGGAAACAGAGGGGGAUGCUGACAGCGAGGAUGCCGAACGGGGUGCUAUGACUCGUCGAUUAGAGGAGGCUACGGAAGAGGCUCUUCUGGCCGGAGGCGCAUCGGGCAGGCGGGCCUUGGAGGAUGCAGGGUUUUCAGAAGCACUCAAGGAGAAGCUUUUGAAAAAGAUGGCCGACGCCAAUUCUGGCGCAACCAAGCAUGCGGGACAUGGCAUGCAAGAUGGACCGGCCUCGGCAGCGGCGCGCGCGGGAGGGCAACUCACCCACUUGCCGAGCGGAAGCCCUUGGACAGGUACCGAGACUACUGCGGAUGCUGUUUUCAGAAUGCUGAACGAUGCCAAAAAGCCGCUGAAAGCCAGCGACCGUGGCGGGUUCCAAAUCCUCCCGGUGGUGGCGGCCGCCGCGGAUGCGCGGAUGCGGCGAAGCGUGCCCCAAAGUCCCGGCCAGAGAGCCGCGAGUGCGCGAGACAAGGCGAACGCGUACGUCGGGUCGGACCUGAAGACGGUGAGAGGGUUGAGCGACGAAGAAAGGAAACAAGUCAGGGCCGAGCUGCGAGAGCGCUUCGAACCGGCAGCCAGGGCUGUGCCGGCUUCUCUCUCAGGACUGGCAGCGCUGGCCAACCAGCGGAUCGAGGACGCCAUUGCCCGAGGCCAGUUCAGAGACUUGCCUCGCGGGAAGGAGACGCAGCGAGACGCGAGGGCAGGCAACCCCUUCAUCGACACGACAGAGUAUCUGAUGAACAAGAUGAUUCAGCGCCAAGAGAUUGUGCCUCCCUGGAUAGAGAAGCAGCAGGAGCUGACCAAGGCCGCGCGGGUGUUCCGAGAACGGCUGCGCAACGAUUGGAAGCGCCACGCCUCCAGGACGAUUGCGUCCCGAGGUGGCUCGCUGCAGGAACAAAUGAAGCGAGCCGAGGAGUUUGCCGCGGCCGAGGCGGCGCACAACGCACGACGAAGCAAACAUGGCGAGCAAAUCGAGGUUGCCGCCGAAGCGGAAACCGCGGAAAUGCAACAACCACAACAGCCUGUCCCAUCGCCGUUCCGCGAUGCGGACUGGGAGAGGGCGGAACAGGCAUACAUGAAGCUAUCCGUCCAACACCUGAACAGCCUGACGAGGAGCUACAACCUAACGGCGCCAGAGCUGGCGAAGAAGCCGUACUUUUCCCUCGAACGGGAGCUGAGCUCUUGCUAUGCGGACGUUGCGCCGCUGGUGGCAAAUGAGAUCAAGGCCAGGGCCGUCAGACGCUGCGACGUCGGCCCAGGCGGCUCCGGAACGACGACGUCGACGGGCCCUACCAUGAUGGAGAAAUUAUCUGGCAAGGAUAGGGUAAGGAUCCAUCUGGAAGCGGAGGAAAAGGCGUACGGCUUGAAGGAGUGGUGGCGCGACUUUUGGAAACGCAAGUGA